GGGCUGGGGCGCGUGCGGGAGGGAGGGGGCCUGCUACGCGCGGCCGAGGAGGCCCCCGAGGUUGCUAUGGAGAGCGGGGAAGAAGGGGGCGCGUGUGACCGCCGCCCCUCCCUUCUCCUCCGGGCCUCGCCCAACGAGGACAUCACAUCAGAAGUUAUAUUGGAGGAGAAGUUAUACUGAACUGGGCAGAAAGAAAAGGGUUAGGGAAAAACGCUGUCCAGGCAUCCCACAGUAAAAGUACUUUUUGGAAAGGCAAGAACAAUUCUUGAUCAUGUAGGAAAGACUCAGUCAUGUUUUGGAACGCUAGUUAGAAUCAGCAUGUCAGUUCAGACAUGAGAGACAAAGGAUCUGGAUAUCUCUGAGCAGGAUGAGAGGAAGCUCUGCUCAAUGAGAAAAGGUACAGAAGGUGAUGAUGAGAAAUCUCCCUUUCUUGAGAAUGGGGUCUUUUUUUGCAUAGUUCCAACUUAACUGUGGAACUUGCUAUCAAAGGAUAAUUUUUUUUCCCCUGGGUUGUGACAGAUUAUCACCUGUUUGUGUUCAAUGGGACGACGAAUUCACUUUGUGGUUGACCCUCAGGGUUGGUGCUGCAUGGGCUUGAUUAUCUUUGUCUGGCUAUACAAUACAAUCUGCAUUCCAAAAGUCAUCCUUUUUCCUCAUUAUGAAGAGGGACAUAUUUCACUUGUAGCAAUUUUGUGUUAUUACUUCUGCUCGUUGUUUUGUAUAGUUUCAUUACUAAGAGCCUCAGUAGCUGAUCCAGGAAAGCUACCUGAAAACCCAAAGAUACCAAUCACAGAACGAGAAUAUUGGGAAUUAUGUAACAAAUGCAAUAUGAUGAGACCAAAGCGUUCACACCAUUGCAGUCGUUGUGGACACUGCGUGAGGAGGAUGGAUCACCAUUGUCCAUGGAUUAAUAAUUGUGUUGGUGAAGACAAUCAUUGGCUGUUUUUACAGCUGUGUUUCUACACUCAGAUCCUUAGUUCCUAUACGCUGAUACUUGAUUUUUGCCAUUACUACUACUUUUUGCCUCUGAAAAAAGAAAACUGGGAUGCUUUUGUAUUUAGACAUGAACUUGCUCUCCUAAGAAUAUCUGCCUUCAUGGGUCUAAUAAUAUUAGGUGGAAUAAGUGGACUCUUUUACACUCAGCUAAUGGGUAUUUUCACUGAUACUACAAGUAUAGAAAAAAUGUCGAACUGUUGUGAAGACAUAUCGAGGCCCCGAAAGCCGUGGCAGCAGACCUUCUCAGAAGUUUUUGGCACUCACUGGAAGAUCCUGUGGUUUAUUCCUUUCAGGCAGAGGCAACCACUGCGACUUCCCUGCCACAUUGCCAAUCACGUCUGAACAGAUGGAUGGUGGGCACAGAUGGGUCCUCCAUGCUGGAAGUGCGUUACAGGUUUUAUGAUUAUAGGACUAUGACAGUCUUCAAGUCAAUUAAAAUCCACCCACCAAUCGCAGGCAUCACAACGUGCCCUAGGCUUUAUUUUAAUAGUGGUCUUGAUUCUGUUCUGAGGUCGAUACAAGUUGUAUGUUUAACUUUAGGCAUAUUUACUUUGAAAUCAGCUUUCCAGAAGGAUUUGUUUCAUCGUUGAGGUUAUUACCAAACACAAAUUACUGGAAUGCAGUCUUACUCUAUUUGUUUGAUACUGGCUCUUUUUUUUUUUCUUGGUAGGAAACACUGAAGUUUACAUUGAUUGUUAACCUUCCAACUAAGUGUCUUACUCUGCCUUGAUUUUUUUUAGUGUUUUUAUCAGUAGGUCUGUCUAGAUAAUAUUCAUGUCUUUGUUUCUGCUACACGUGUUUAAAAUUACCUGACACUGCCAUUUAUUUAUGAUAUACAAAAGUACUUCUGCAGCACCACACUAUAAAAGGUAGCAUUUAAAACUGAGGCAGACUUCUUUCUAAACCUUUCUCAGAGAGGUUUUUAUAAAUACACGUUGGUGUGUGUGUUUAAUAUAGAGAGAUCUUAAGUCUUACAGUUAUCUUUCUCCAUAGAUAUGAUCUUAGUGAAAAAUAUUCAUGUCUUUAUAUCAACAAAAGUCAUAAAAUGUAGAUAGAAAGCAUGUUUUCCCUAUAUCACAAGGAUUUCCUUGCAAUCAUUCAACAAAGAAGCUGUAUCAUGCAAAUAUUGGAAUAAUUACUUUUUAAAAAUACAGAUUUAAUUAGUUAGCAUAACGUACCUUAAAAAAGAGUUUAUUGUCAAUAAAGUUAUAAAUUUUAUAUAUACUUUUGUUCAUUAAUGGUUAGCUGGAAUUGGUCCAAGUGUCUGUAUAUGGGAAGUAUAUGUGAAAAUAUUUUAAAAUAUUUAUACAUAAAUAUAGAUAUUUGCUACUAACAUGUAGUAAAAUAUAUUAACUGAUCUAAUAGGAUACUCUGUGGAUGUACGAUAGCUUGUUGUGGCCCCUUUCAGUGUGGAAAUACUCAAAGAAAGCAUCCUUAAGAUUACUUCUGGUAAAAUGGCAACGAUUCCCAAAGUACUGGCUCAGCUUUGCAGUAUCCGGAAAAAUUAUAUAAUGUAUUAUAGCCUUCUGUAUCUAUACAACUAUUGGCAUAAGAUGUUUGUUAUUUUUGACAGUUCUGUGAAUUUUUAUGAGACAUUCACAGCUUCAGUGUUUUCAGUUAUGCUUCUUAUUCUGUUGUCUAGUCUGACAGGAAGGACUAGGAUCCACCUUAAAUAGCAGCCAUGCAACAAGAUAGUAAAAGGCAGAAAAUCAGGAUGUACUACUAUACAUAGGUUGUGUUUGGAGAGAGAUUGUUUGUGAACAGUUGAUUCAAAAAGAAGGUCUAGAUUUGUGGCAAGUGGCAUUCAUAAUGAACUUUUAGAUCAGCUCUUUUAAAAUCUUAACACAGUCUCUGCCAAUGUUGGGUGUCCCUUUAUUGAUUUAACAGAUUUUGAUGAUCCACUGAAAGUUCCAAAAGGCGCAUCUUAAAAAUCACUUGAAUUUUACAGUUCUGUGAAUUUCUAAGAUUUGAACGAACUUUACUUCUCCUUUUAAAAAGAGAUACAUUAUUUUCUUCAUUUAAAUUUCAAGCCUAAUGUUCCACCAUUUUUUUCACAGCAUUUUUAGAUGUGAGUUUAGACUUCCUUUAAGAUGGUAUUGGCAGCAAUAUUUAAAGAAAAGAAGGCUUGAGGAAAGUGGAUGGAAAGGAUCCAUCUUCCUCCAUCUGGAGCAGCGCCUGAAAUUAAAAAGAAUGUGCAUAUAUACGUUAUGAAGCAAUGGCUAUAUUUUUAUUUUUUUUUUAAGGAAUUCCUCUAUUAUAGUCUCCAUGAAACACACAGGGGAUUAAUAGCAGUUUUGUUUUAUGUGCCAAUAUGUAAAUCAGCUUAGUGAGCAAAACAGCAGGGUUUUUUUUAAGUUUUUCAUGCUAAUCAAUUAUUGUAGUUAGGAGAUCAUACUGUUCUGCAGCUUAUAAGAAAGAGGAUCAAGAACUUAACUAUUCUUGAUAUGUCUUCUGAUAUAAUUGGUUCAGUUAAUUUAACCAAGCAUGGAGAACCAAGUCUGUAAUACGGAUUCUGCUCAACGGUAGGAGCCUUAGUUACAAGCAGAGUAUGUAAUUGUUGUACGUGAUACGCAGUGGGGUAAUGGGACCAUUAAGUUUUGCCCGCUUUGUGGGGAUGAAAACCCGCAGCAGCCCGCAUGCCGCGUUGGGAGGUACAUUCCCCUGUUUUCAAACAAAGGACGGCGCCCAGGGCCCGACGCCAGCGCCGAGGUGGCGCAGACUGGCACGUAACGCGGCCGCGCGCCCCGCGGGGCGCAGCUCCCCUCGCGCCCUCUGUCGGCCCCCUGUCGCCACGGCAGGGGGCGCUGCGCCCCGGCGGGGCGGCGCAGGGCUGCACGCCUCGUUAAGGCGCCGCCGGUGUUGGGAGCGGGAGCUGCGUGGCUGGGCGUGCGUGCGAGGGGUGGGGCUUGCCUUCGGGCUGGAGUACAUCUCGGGAGUGGACCCUGGUUCGGGUCUGCCGCGGGUGAAGGUGCAGCAUGGCAGGUGCGGCUAGGGACUCUUCAGAACCAUUGCACUUCCCUUUCACACGAUCAGUUAUUUAAAAAUCUGUAAAUCCUGAAGUGCCUACUUAAAUGACAAAAGAAGAACCGUGAGGCUGAAGUAUCAGCUAUACAUUUAAGUAAAUUAUGGACAUGAACAUUUUGCCUUAUUCUCAAAUGAAAACGGUAAUUUCAAAUAUUCACGAUUUCUCAAAUGUUUACAUAUUGUUGGAUUCUUUUGGUAAAACUAUUGUUCCUCAGUCUCCCAUUCAUCCUUAACAUUAGGAAUCACUAUGUAAUAUGAUUAAGGCAGCUACUUUAUUUUUUAUCCCAUUUCUGUGUACGUGGAGCAGAGAAGGGAGAGGCAUCAUUUUUAGGAGGUACUGAGCUUUAUACUUUGAAUGGCAAGCCUCUAAAAGGGUGAAAAUAAUAAUUUUUUUAAAAUUUAUUUUAGCCAAUGACCCUGUCAGGUUACUAAUUUAUUAAUGUUUCUGAAAUGGAUUCUCAGGAAGAUUUUGUUCCAGAAGGAAAAGAUCAGGGACAAUUUUAAGAUUUAAUCUGAAAUCCUUUAAAUCUUGAAAUCCUUGAAAUCCUUUGAACCUUUGCUUUGAAAUCCCACUUCUUUCCCUCCAGCUCUCCUUCAUGAUUUUUUAUUUUAGUAGAAACUGUAUUCUUAAGACUAAGUAGUGCUUGUCAUUGUUAUUAAUUUAAAAAACCUUACAGACAGUAUUAAUGAAUUUCAUCGUAAUAUAACGUCAGAACUACACAUACUUUAUUGAGCACAGUGGCUAUUACUAUGAACUUAACAAUAUUUGAUUUCCUGAGGGGUACAAAGAGAAGUCAAAGCACUAAUGAAAAGCAACCUCAAAAAAAUUGGAAAAUAACUGGUUUAUUUGCAGUAUGGGGUACCUCGUGGUAGGACUGAUGCUACCUUGCUAUCUUCUCAUAAUAUCAGAGAUUUGAGAUUCCAUUUGAAAAAUCUUGAUGUCUAAAAUAAAAGAUUCUGCACUAAAUAAUGUUUACCAACCUAUCCUCUGAUCUGUUGGUUUGAAGGACAGGUUCCAACAAACAGCUGGUAGAGUAGUUGAGAUACGCAAUCAUUUUCAGUCCUGAGGAGGAUUCACAAGUAAGAAACUGUCCAAGAACCAAGUGGUGGGAUAGAUUUUGAACUAGGCAGCUUCCUCCUUGUUUUGAUUCUGAAGUGGGCUAAUGUGAAGGGAAGAUUCAUAAAAGCGCAGAGUAAAUGGAUGUGGGGCCAGAAGAAUUGUUUUGAUUCAUUACCAAAGUUUACCAAAUGAAGUGAGAUUGCAAAGAGCGGGAGUUACACAGUUGAGUACACAUGCCAUCAUUGCAUGAUGUCUUUCAGUGUUCAUCUUACAGUUCUCCAGUUUUAUUCAGUAAAUGAUGCUUUUCAGAAAUUAUGAAUUCAUGCUUUGUUUUGUGCUAUGGCAGACCAUUGUGUGCCAAUGUAAGUAAGGUAGGUGGCAAGGACAGGAUUUCUGCAGUACUGUGGAAGAGAAUCUUUUUCCAGUCAAGUUUGCAUUCAAAUGAAACAUGAUAAUAAGAUGAGUUUUCUGGUAACCUGAAAAUGUAAGUUAACAUAAACCAUAAGUAGACACUCCAGAAGAGAGAGCUGCUCUGCAGGAAGAUCUGGAUAGGCUGGAAGAGUGGGCCAAGAAGAACCUUAUGAAGUUCAACAAGGACAAGUGUAAUGUCUUCCACCUGGGAAAACAUAAUCCGGGAGUGCAGCACAGACUGGGAUCCACCUGGCUGGAGAGCAGCUCUGUGGAAAGGGACCUGGGGGUCCUGGUGGACAGGAAGCUCAACAUGAGCAAAGAGUGUGCUGCUGCAGCCAAGAAGGCCAACAGGACGCUGGGUUGCAUCAAAAAGGGCAUCGCCAGCAGAGAGAAAGAAGCCAUUAUCCCACUCUACUCAGCACUUGUCAAGCCACACCUGCCGUACUGUGUACAGUUCUGGUCCCCGCUAUACAAAAAGGAUGUGGACAGGCUGGAAGGGGUCCAGAGAAGGGCUAUCAACAUGAUCAAAGGACUGGGAAGCUGCCAUAUGAGGAUAGGCUGAGAGAACUAGGUUUGUUCAGCCUUGAGAAAAAGAGGCUUAGAGGGGUUCUGAUUACCAUGUACCAGUACUUAAGGGGUAGCUACAAAGAAGAUGGAGACUCCCUUUUUACAAGGAGUCACAUGGAGAGGACAAGGGGGAAUGGACACAAAUUGCUUUUGGGGAGAUUCCGAUUGGAUGUGAGAAGGAAAUUUUUCACAGAACGGUCAACCAUUGGAAUAAUCUCCCCAGGGAAGUGGUUGCCUCGGCCACGUUGGACACCUUCAAGAGUCGUCUGGACAGGGUGCUGGGCCAUCUUGUCUAGACUGUGUUCUUCCUAGAAAGGUUGGACUAGAUGAUCUGUGAGGUCCCUUCCAACCUGUGAUUCUGUGAUUCUGUGAGUCACUUUUUUUGUAAUGCAUUAUUUACUGUAUUUGGCCAGCCUUCCUGCCAGCAGUACAUCACUUAGAGCAGAGUGUUUCUGUAGCAUAUUUGAGGAUGCUGUCGCUUAGAUGUAUUAUUUAACUUGGCUGUCUCCACCUUUUGUCUUCACCAUGCACUUAAUUUUGCUGCAGCUCACAAAUAAGAAGCCAACAUAGCUUUGUUGGAACAACCACAUCACAAAGACAAAUACUACUGGCUGGGUCUUCUCAAUAUCCCAACUGGGAAUAUCAUUGCAUUCCUUAAAAGCGUUUUCUUUGUAUGGUGAAGUGUUAAUCUUUCUGGACAAAAAUUGUUGCUUAUUCUAUAUAUAUUCCUGUCAAUAAUACUGUAUUAGCACCUCUAAACUAUUUCUGAAAUAAAGGCUAAGUGUACUUUCUGAAGAGUAAGAGUUGCAUAAAACAAUGUGGAUCUUAGUUAGUACCACCUAGUACUUCUCAUUCAGUUCUGUACUUUUACCAUUGUGCUAUGAGUGCAAGCAUAAUAAAUAGAUUUUUUUUAGCAUUGUAUAUAAGAAAUACACUUUUAUUCAUAGUCUUGUCACCGAUUGAAAGUUAACUGUCAGAAGACAAAGGUACUGUUCUGGCUUUUUCACUUCAAGAAUAACCAGAUUUUGUUUAGCUGCAAAAUCAUAGAAUCAUGCAAUUAUUAAGGUUGGAAAAGACCUCUAGGAUCAUCAAGUCCAACCAUGAACCCAACACUACCAUGUCUCCUAAACCAUGCCCUGAGGUGCCACAUCUACGCGUCUUUUAAAUACCUCCAGGGAUGGCAACUCUACCAUCUCUCUGGACAGCCUGUUGCAAUGCCUGACCACUCUUUCAGUGAAGAAAUUUUUCCUAUUAUCCAGUCUAAACCUCUGUGAACAAAGGUUUGAAUUUAAGUGAUCUGACUGAGCAUUGUAGCUGUCUAGCAGCACCAAUAAAAAUAAUGUUAGACAGUUUUUUAUAUACAUAGCACAAGCCCAAGGUAUACACUUCUCAGAGCCACUCCCUUCUCAGUCAGACCAUUUCCCUCCAAAAGGAUUUUUCUUCUCUACCCUCGGUAUAAACUGCUGUUAGUCAUACCUGGGAGCCACUUUGUAGCUCUUGAUAGUUCUUAUCUAGGCUGAAUGAGUAGUGGGCACAUGGUGUUCUUUUUCAGGUCCUGGUAGGCUUCAGCUUAUUAUCUUCCAGCUGCAUUGGGCUAGUGGUCAGGUAAGAGGCAGAGCCUCAUUUUGUCACCCUUUGAGAUGGCCCUUAGAUUUUGCGGUGUGCUAACUAGCGCAAAUACUUGAAGGACCUUUGAAACAAGAGGUCCCAGAUCUCCAGAAGCUUACUUUGCACUUUGUUUUAAGGAGAUGACUUGCUUAAGUUUGGCUGGCUUAGUUUCUCUGUUGAGUAGUUGAUUCUUGGCAUUAAUAACAUGAUGAAUUUUUUGUGUUUGAAAAAGAGGGAGUUGAUUUUAAAAUAACCUCAGUCAGUGACUCAGAGGUUGAAGAUGCAGGUAGCAUCUCCCAAAAAAUAAGGAUGAUAAAGACUUCUCAUUCAGCUCUGAAUCAUUUGUCUAAAGUAUUUGCUGUCUGACACUCAGUAUUUCAGCAAUAUGUCUACAGUAGGAAGGGUCAAUACAAAAUGUAAAUGAGAACAUUUUCAAGCAGCAUUUCUUUGGCCUUGUGAUUUAUGUAAGAGAUAGACUUGUCUGUACCUGAGUCUCAUUUACCCAGACAAAAUCUAUUCUGUUUUCAUGAAUUCUCUGCCAUAGCAAAGUUACUGCCUUGAAUGAGUUCUGUUCAUUCCUCUGCUUACUUUCAACUUUGAUGGCUCUUUUCCUGUCUUUUCACUAAGCACACAGCAGCACAGAGUAGUCCUGUCUGCAGUCAUGUCUAUAUCACCCUGUCCAGAAUAGACACUGUGGUAGAGUAGCCUGGGAAGGUAUGGAGAUAUGGAGUAUUGGUUUGUUCAGAAAAGAAGAUCUGCAAAUUCUGUGAUUCCAUUUGGGUUUGGGUUGAGAAAAAGCAGCCAAUUGCUUAACAGAGUUGAAAUCUGUUAUGGAUUAUGUACAGUGAAGUACACAGAAAGAAGUUGUCACCUCUUUAUGGGCUUUGAACAAGUACUGCCUCUUUUUGCUUUACAACUGGAGCUUUUUGUAACCUUAAGAAUUAUUUUGCAUAUAAUUCAAGGUUUUUUUACCUUGUUGUUCCCCAAGUCAGUAUCUCCUUACCUAAGCCAGUAUAUGCAGUGUUCUAACACAGGUACAUUUAGCAGCUGGAGAUCCAUGGUUCUUGUGUCAAAAAAUAACUUUUUUAAAUUGGUCCACUUGUGAGACUUGAAUUCUCACAUACCUGAAAUUUUAAGACUAAAUCUAAUCUCCUAUGGGUCAGUCUUUAUUAACAGACAUUACUGUUUUAAAAUGUAUGUUCUUGGCUGUUCUUCAGCUAUUCCUGGUAAUGUAUUUUUACGCUUUACUUUUUACUCUUUACUUUAUAAACACACAUAGUUAAUUAGACACCAAGUGGGAUGUCAUGACAAAUCACAUUGUCAUUCACAUUCAGGAUAAUUCAGGAUUCACAUUCACAUUAUCAUGUUCAGGAUAAAACAACUAAUGAUAUUGAUAUAGCAAUUGAGAUAUAGAUGCAGCCUUUUGCUGUACAGUCAUUAGGAAAUUAUAUAUGUAAAAUACUAUGCUAGAAAUAUAUGUGUAUACAGAUUAUUAAAAAUCUUUAAGUGAAUACUUCUCUGAAAAUACAUGGCAUUACAAAGGAUGGUUUCAGUGUUGUUUAAAGCUAUUUAACACAGAUGAAAUGUGACAAAUUCCUACUUGGUAUGCUGUUUAUAUCAAAAUAUAAUUACCAUUGUUACUACUACACAGUAUGUCAGGAACCUCAUUUUCAUGUUGAGUGUUUUAUAUAUGUGGUUUUUAAGGUUAACAGUUUUAAUAGUUGAGUGCAGAAAAUAUGCUAGUACUUAUCUCCUGCAUUAGCAAAGAUAAAUUUAAUUAUUUCUCUUACUCUAAUAAGUUGAAUCUAAUUCUACAGUAGUCAAAAUAUCAGGACAGGAGUGAUGGUGAGUGAUGAUAGGGAUUGCUUUUGGGAAGAAUCAGUAUUGCUAAGUACAGUGUCUGUAUUUACAUGACAUACUGCAUGACUGAAUACUUCAGAAGGCAUUGUUCUUCAAAAGAUUUUUAGACUGCUUUUUCAGUGGCUGAGCAUUUGAACUUCAAGAUUCAUUGAAGUACUUGUAUCUGUGGGCUGCAUUAGACCUGGGACUUCAGUUCUGCUGUCUUGUGUCUUGCCAGAUUACAGUGGAGUGAUUAAAGUCAGUUUUUGCAACCAGGGCCAUCUAAGUAUCGCCUGUAUAACUGUAAGAAUAAUUCAGAUUUACAGUAGAACAUGUGCUUUUCGAAGCAGAAAAUUUUAAUUUUCUAAUUCUUCGAAAAUUUCGAAGCAGAAAUUUUAAUUUAUGUGCAUUUCUGGGUGAAUAAGUAUUUCUAUGCACAUUCCCAAGACAGAUGUACUGUAGAGCACAGUGUAGUUUAUAGAUAGAAAAUCAUCACUCUGUCUCCUUAAAAGCUUCAGUCUAAGUGACAGGUAGCAAAAUAAUACUGAUUUUUGUAAACUAGCACUCUGAAUUUUGUAGUUCACACAUGGGCAUAUGAUUGAGUUUUACUAAUUUGUUCUUUAUUUGAUCUUGACUGUUUCCAAACAAUGCUGAAUAAUGUUUAUAUUGGACUUGUUGAAAAUUAUGUGGUCUAACACUGGUUAUGCCUAAAUGGGUAAUGUAUGAGGUGAAUGGCUGAUUAAUAUCAAAACAAGAAAACUUAAUCUGGUAUUAAAUUAACCAAAUCUAUAAGUGCAAGGGUACAUCCAGCUGGAAAACAGUGUAUUGUCUUUUAUUUCUCUCUCUUUAUUUUAUUCAUGUAAUAUUUCUGGGUUUUCUUUUUUGAUUGAUUGAAGUUAUAGAUUAUUUUUUCAUUCAUAUUGAGAUUCCUUAUGUACUGUAUUUUUAAGAAGCUUUAUUUUUAAAUAAAAAAUUCAAAGUUU